GCGCAAUUUUGUCGGUGAAUGCGAGCUCUUUCGGUCCGCUGUUCGACUUUCUGGCCGUGGUGAAGGCAAAGAUCAUUUGCGCGCAGGAGACAAGGAUCGUGGAGUCACGCCUCGGGGAGUUCCAGCACCGCGCCAAGGACCUCGGCUUCCACGGCAUGUGGGCACCAGCCUUGGCGACCAACGCCAAGGGCCCGCAGGCCAACCACUGUGGGGUUGCAGUCCUGGUGCCCACGAAUGUGAUGAUCACGAAGCCUCCCGACGGCGACCCCACUGUUUAUCCAGGCAGAGUGGUGGCCAGCUUUGUCAAUUGGGGAGUCCCUGGUGGUGUGAUUGUGGUCAGUGCAUACUUGGUGACAAGCAUCGGCCUGACAGGUGAGAAUCUUUCCAUACUUUGGGCCAUCGCUCAGAGAGUUGCUUCUUGGAAUGCUGCGGGCUUUGACUGGAUCUUAGCUGGUGACUGGAAUUCUGAUAUAGCAGCUCUGAAUGCGAGGAGGUGGAUUGAGUCUCUGGCUGGGCUGUCUUACACUCCACCGUCGGCCACGUGCUGCAAGGAGGACGGCAACUCGACGAUUGACUAUUUCAUUGCGUGUGCAAAUUUGUCGUCACGGCUCGGUGCAGCAGCGGUGGUGGACACGUACGGCACCAUACCCCCUCCGCACUACCCAGCAAGCAUCGAUCUCCUGGGCAGCGAUAGGUUCUGUCAACGGUUACAGUUGGCUUCGGUGGUCUGCCAGCUUACGCCCCUGCAGUACACCAAGGUGCUGCAGGCUUUCUACGAGGUGGACCAGUACUGCCGUAGGAUCGUUGGCGACAAGAAGACCUGCCACCACUUGGACCAGGACACCGUCGACUUUCUGCGGCGAGGCUUGGGCAUGAUCGGCGACGCCGACUUCGACUCAGGUCUGGACAACAUCAUUCUGAAGGCCGACGCGGCGUUGAAGGCCGCGAGGUCGGUCUCGGAGCAGGCUUGGCGUGGCUGGGCCAAGCAGGCGUUCCUGGGAGGGGCCAGUCAGGCCCACGCUGCCUCCAAGGUGCGCGGCAAGCAGGAGCAGCUCAACUUUGACGUGAACGCCCAGCCGUACCUGCUGGCAAACCACACUCUCGACGCGUGGGCCAUGAUAGCUGGCCUGCUCUGCCCGAGCUCGACCACCACCAAGUGCGGGCUGCCAUUCGCAAGUUUUCGACGCGUACGGCAGCUGGGCCGAGCCGCAUUUCACCUGGACUCUCUGUCGGACCAGGCGCUCGAGCGCAUCGCCAAGAUGUCUAUGCUUUUCGAGCAGUGGCUGUCCUGGAGACCAGUCUCGGCAGCGUGGCAGGCCGGCUACCAGUGCGACCAGAUGUGGGGCACGA